GCCCCGACAAAUUGAAUUUUUUGUUGGAGUUUUUUUAAGCGGAAAAUUGGAAACUUCUGGUGUUCUUAAACAUCAAAAAAAAUUCGGAAAUUAUCUAAGUCAUGAUAAAUCAAGAGUGCUCAAAAAGUAAUAAAUUAAAAUUGUCACUUUCUCCUAUUCAUGGUUGGGGAGUUUUUGCUGAGAAACCUUUUAGAACGAAUGAAAUCGUUAUUGAAUAUGUUGGAGAGUUAAUUAGUUCAAAAGAAGCUGACGUGAGGGAAAAGAUAAAUCGGUCUGGUGGUAUGGAAGAAACUUAUCUUUUUAGUAUCGGGAAUGGAAAGGUGAUUGAUGCAACUUGUAAAGGAAACGUUUCAAAAUUUAUUAAUCACAGUUGCGAUCCGAAUUGUUACACCAAAGUGUAUGAGAAACACAAUCGAAUUGAAAUCAUUGCAAUGAAGCCAAUUAAAGUUUCCGAUGAGUUAACUUUCGACUACAAUUUUAAGAAGGAAAAAGAUAAAAUUCUUUGUCACUGUAAAUCCAAAUUGUGCAGAGGUUUCCUAAAUUAAACUUUCAAAUUGUAAAAUUUUAAUUUCAAACUUCAGUGAAAUUCUGUCAAAAUUGAAAAUUCUUGCAAUUUAAUUUAGAAUUCAUUAAAUUUAAGAAUUUCAUUUGCAAA